CUGAGAGGCAUGUUGCCGAAGCCCGAACAUUGUUCAGCAACGCUAUGUAUCGAUUGGGUCGUCCGUCACGCCGCAGCUGCCCAUCUCCCGCCAUCGGAGCGUCCUCCCGUUUCGUCGAGCAUUGGGUCGCGAUAUCCAAACCGAUUCGAGCCUCGAUCCUCUCCUACCGAAGCAUGCAUACGUAUCGCAUUUUCGAGUGUGAAUAGAACGUCGUGGGUGGAGGAUGAGGUAGAUUGUGGGGCAUGUAGGAUGUAAUAUGGGCGGACUAUGUGGAGAACGUCGGACUUCUAGACGACUUCUUUGCAAGCUGUUAGGGAUUAUAUUAUAUCACAACGACGCCCCCAAAGCACGGUCUACUGGGGCAGUAGAAUACACAUGCGCGAUGGCCAAUUCGAAGGAUUGAGAGAG